AUGUCAAAAAUCACUUCUUCCCAUCCUAGAGGGAAAGUAUAUUCUCUCGCUGAGGUGUCCCGACACAAUACCCGAAACUCAACGCUCGUCACGUAUUCUGGAAAAGUAUACGACUUGACAUCGUUCUUACCUGAUCAUCCAGGUGGAGAUGAUAUCAUAAUUGAAUAUGCAGGAAAAGAUAUCGGACAAGUAAUGUCUGAUGAAUCUCAGCAUGUUCAUUCGAGAGCUGCAUACGAGAUGAUGGAUGAGAUGGUUGUCGGGGAAUUGGGUGGUGGAGAGAGGAUAGUCAGUGAAGACUGGGUAGCGGACGAGAAUUUUCAUCCCGACGAAACCGACUUGUUAUCCGAUUACAACAUGAACAAAUUCAUCGAUUUACACAAACCACUCUUGAUGCAAGUAUGGCGAGCACCAUGGACAAAAGAAUAUUACCUUUCACAAGUACAUGAACCCAGACAUUUGAACGAAAGUGCAAGAAUGUUUGGAAGUGAUCUGCUCGAGCCAUUCACUAGAACUCAAUGGUAUGUGGUACCAUUGAUAUGGUGGCCCAUCGCUGCUUUCUUGGGUGUAUUGAGUGUUGGUCAAUUCAACAACUCAUCACUUUCCGCCAAAGACAUAUUACAAUUCCCACCUAAUUUCUCAGCUUUACCUACCGUAUCAGCAUUCUCACUCUCAGCAUGGUUCACGUGUUUCGCCUUGGGAGUGGUCAUCUGGACUUUACUUGAAUACACCUUGCAUCGAUUCCUUUUCCAUCUCGACUACUACCUUCCCGAUGCACCCUGGGCAAUCACAUUGCAUUUUUUGUUACAUGGUGUACAUCAUUAUCUUCCUAUGGACAGAUUGAGAUUGGUCAUGCCUCCUUUACUGUUCUUCCUUUUACAAACUCCCUUCACCAAAUUAGCUCAUCUCAUAUUCCCCAAAGCCAUCGCCAAUGGUAUCAUCAGUGGUUCUUUCGCAAUGUAUGUGAUGUAUGAUAUGGGUCACUACGCUUUACAUCACACUAAACUUCCGGCAUACCUCGCAGAGAUGAAGAGAUAUCAUCUUGCUCAUCAUUACAAGAAUUUCGAACUUGGUUUUGGUGUUACUUCCAAAAUAUGGGACUACGUCUUUGGUACUAUGUUAGUCACAAAUACGAAAUAA